AUGUUGGUGACGCCCGAAUCCGCGGUCAACCCUGAUUUCCAGACGUUUUUGAACUGGUUGCGGUGGAUGCGGCGGUUGGACCGCAUCGUGAUCAAUGAAUGCCAUGUGGUGUUGAAUUCCCAGCGUGAUUUCCAACCCCAGAUGGCCUACAUGGAGGAUGAGUUAUGCCGGUGGAUGAAGCAUGAUCGGACCGCCAUGACCAUUUACCAGGCCUGGACGAGCCGUCUGAACAUGGCAUACCGGGUAUGGCGCCCCGUGUUGACGGGGGUCGGCUGGGGUCCGUACCAGUGGAUUGAGAGUGAGGCCGUGGUGGCAUUCAUUCAGGACCGUAUUCAACGGGCGGCCGGUGGCAAGGUGAUCAUAUAUGUGAAUAUCAUUGGGCAGGUGACAGCCAUGACGCGGGUAUUGGGUCCAGUCAUCGCAGCCAUGAGCGCAUUAGGGAUGGGGGUUGACAUCCCUAAUAUCCGUAGCAUCAUCCACAUUGGCACACCGCGGACAUUGUUAGAUUAUGCACAAGAAAGUGGUCGAGCAGGACGGGAUGGCCAGCGGAGCGAGGCGAUCAUUAUUCAGCCGGCUGGGUGGGACGCGCCAGCGCCGUGGAUGGAGGGGGUAUCGCCAGAGGAUCAGGAACGA